AUGAGCCUCCAUCAAAUAUUUCGACCAAUCACAUUACUCCUACGUGGAUUAAAAACAAUAUAUAAUGCUUCUCCAGCCUUACAGGUCAGUAAGAGCGACAAGUACGGUUGUAUGCAAGUUAGACUGGCGUGGCUGAUUGGUUGUUGCGUAUUGGAUGACCUUGAGAAUUUAGCAAUGACAAUAAUUGUUUUUCUGCUUGACAACAGCGCAGCUAUGAAUCAGCGCACAUUUCAAGGUACAACGUUACUGGAUGUAGCUAAAUCUGCUACAGAAGUUUUCUUCAAAAUUAGAAUGAGUAAAUCUAGGGUAGAUCGUUAUUUUGUCCUCACGUUAAAUUCUGAGCCAAAUUAUAUCAAACUUACUGGUUGGAAACAAAACGUUGACAUACACUUACUACAUUCUGCUUUAAAUAACAUUAAACCUGAUGGACAAAUUGAUUUAUCAACAGGAAUACAACGGACAUUUCGUAUGCUUAAUAUCAAUAGAUUACAGCUGGGAUUGGAGAAUUAUGGAAUGGGGAUAUACCCAUCGUGUAUUGAACCUGCUGUAGUAAUUUGUAUUACUGGUAGCAUUAGUGCAUGUACUUUGAAUGAAAAUGUAAUUAAUGAUGCUUCUAUGGCUUCAGUAGAAUCUGCUGUUCUUGGCACUGUUUUGACUAAAGAUCCUUAUCGUUGGGAUUAUCGACUUUACUCAGUUGUGUUGCGUUACCCGGCCUUUGUCAGUAAUAUGUGUGGUGGUAAUUUUCCAAGACCGCAGAUAGAAUCACCACUGAAAAGGUUUGCCGAAGAAACUGGUGGUGAAAACUUUGAUUUAUACGACGGUCGAGAACUCCACCAAUGUCUAGAGUCACUGGUCACAAAGUGCCAGCCGGCUGUAGUAUUAAAAAUACAGAAGUCAAAUGAGGAUGUUGACGAUUAUAAGGAGAGGUAUACGAAGCAGUUAAUGAUAGUAAAACUAAUGGGACGGGUAUCAUCCUGGCCAAUUCCAGAACCAUUCUGGGCUGAAGAAGAAAUGGUUGCAUCCCAACUGCCAACAAGGACCGCUCAUCCUGAAAUUCUCGUAUCGAAAGUUGCUGUCGCAGAACCUGUAUUACCUGAGUUUUUUCCUAUAGAUCGGUAUGAACUCUCACCAUCUCAGCUUACAAGAGAGUUACUAAACUCAUCGGAACAAAACAUGGUGUGGCGUUGUUUCAGCUGCGACAUCAAGAAAAAUCAAAAUUCUCCUUUUGGCUACUUAAAACCAUCCAGCGACAUGCAGUCGGUACAUUUACAUGUCCUCCCUUUUAACUAUCCUGUUUUCUUGCAGUUACUUGGUGAUAUUUGGGAUAAUAAGCGGAUGACAGAUACCUGGGGACAUCAGUUUAUAAAUUAUCUUGGCAGCAUCCCGAAAUAUUAUUUUAUGCCAUUGUCAAAGUCAUUUGAAAGAAUAGGUUUUACAGGUAUGAUCAAACCAGAAGCAAUCGACCGUGCACUUCCUUAUCAGUUAAAACAUUCCUUACAAAAACUACGUCAUACAGCGAAGAUCGAAUAUGACAAUUUUGUACGUAUGACACAAAGUGACUGUGCUAUAAACUCCUCAGUAACUCUCCCUUCCACUUUGUUGCCGUUGCCGCUGUGGCCUUUACGAGAAUUUAAAUCAAUGUAUAACAAGCCUCGACGGCUUCCUUUGAAUGCUUGUCUUCGCCCUUGUAACAUAUCAAGAUGCAAGCUUCGAAUAGUUUUGGGAAAAAUGAGACAAGAUCUUGAUAAUCUUUUGCGCGGGAGAGUGAACUGCCGAUCUGACGACUUAACCCAUCAACAACCAGUAGCCUUAAUGGGUGAUUAUGUAAAUUACAGAAGUUCCAGAGAAACAGAAGCUCCACUUAGAGAGAUUAAUCCUACUCCUGAACGCUCGGAUACAUUUGGAAAUCCAUUCCGUCGAAAGUCUUCAUCUUUCAUCGCUGAUGGAGGUUUCGUUGACGAAAUGGACUCACUUAAUGUAAAUUCUUGUAACCCAAACGCUUCCUUGGUUAGCCCUGGACGCAAAAAGUGUUCACAAGUUAUAAAAAGUCCUCAAAUGAGAGUCAAAGGUCCUUUACCCCAUUACAUAAAUCAUCGUAACUGGCGACUUUACUCACCCAAAUCAUCCCCAGCGUCAUCACCCAGAUCUGGAGAAAUUUCCGAUGUAAUAUUAAAUGACGUUUCACCUCCUGUAUAUAUCAACGAUUCCCCACCAGUUUCUCAAGUUUCACCAAGUUCUAAUAAUCAAACUAUGUGUGAAACUCCGAGUUUAAAAGCAAAGACAAGUUCUUCGUUGGAAAUGUUCAAAUUUAACAAAGAGAUCAUGCGUGAAUUAAUUAAUAUUGUCAGGCAACCUUGUGCCAACACAGUUGUACUAUUCGAUCGAAUGAAUGAACUUACAGGUCCCACUGGACAAAGAGAUGCUGUGGUUUCAAUGUUGAUGUCUGAAGCUUUAAGGUUUAGAAAAUCAUGCUUGUACUUACUGCUGAAUGAUUGGCGAACAUGGAUGUUGAAAAAUACGAAUUCAAAGAAUGGUAUGAUUUUGCGGAAAUCGAACCAAGUAUCUGGUAAAAUAAACCAUUUCCAGUUUUUAGGUUAG